UUAGAUCUAAAGUUUAGCAAGCGUUCAUACGGACCUGUUCAUAUAGAUAUCAGCUUUAAAUCUAGAGAUCAUGGAGAUAAUGAAGGGUUUGAUGGUGAGGGUGGAGUGCUAGCACACUCCUUCUAUCCACUCUAUGGAGGAGAUGUACACUUUGAUGACGAUGAAAUGUGGAAGGUGGGGAAUAAAUUCAAAGAUGCCGGAAUAAGUUUGAAACAUGUGGCAGCACACGAGUUUGGACAUGCACUUGGUCUGCCACAUUUACCACAUAAAGAGGUUGGUUUAAAUGACGGUUUGGAACUAAUAUUCCCUGAUUUUGCACAGGUUGGUAUAAAUGGAAGGUUUGGAACUAAUAUCCCCUGA